AUGGAGCAAAUCUCCACCUCUUACACCCCGUCGUCUCUCCACCGCGGAUACGCUGAAAGAUGCAUCUCGCCUUUCGCCCUCAACGACCCGCAGGACGCGUCGACGGUGGUGGCGAAGGAGGAACACCUUUUCCUGCGGCGCACUCUCAACGCGUACACGCUGCACGCCCUCGGGCGCGCCAGCCCCUUCGACUUCUCCAGCAACCCCUCCUCCUCGCGCUCCUCCCCCUUCUUCCCCGACUCGGACGGCACCGCGUCCGACCUCGACCCCGCCUCACGCCCCGCGAGCCCCUUCGACCUGCCGUCCGUGUCCGCGCCUCCCUCCCUCCUCUCCAAGUACGCACGCCACCCCGUCCGCUUCCCAACGACCGCAUCAAAGGCGGCCCCGCCCCCGAUGAGCGCCGGCGCCGGCGAGCGCAUCGCGCUCCCGUUCCCGUUCCCGGCCGCGCAGCUCGGGCAGCGCGUCGCGUUCCAGCCCCCGCAGUGCGCGCCCCGCCGCGCGGUCUCGCUCGCGCAGUGGGACCGGCUCGCGGCGCGGCGGCGGAGCCACGGGGCGCUGCGUGGCGCGCACGACCCGCUCGACGCGGGCGGCGCGUUCGAGGGCGCGGAGCGCGUCCUCCUCCAGAGCCACUGGCCGGGGUACGCGACGUGGACGCACAUGCUCGCGAUGCCGGCGCACGUCCGCGCGGGCGCGCGGGCGUUCACGCGCGCGGACCUGUUCGACAUGGUGUGCGGCGCGAUGGUCGACUGGGUGGUGCGCACUUCCAACGCGAAGCACGUCGUGUGCGAGGAGCCGGCGUGGACGGUUGGGCCGAACGAGAUCUCGCUCGAGCACAUCUACGUCGUCGGCGCCGUCGAGGUGGUGGGGUACGUGUCCAAGUGGGUGCCGCUGCUCGAGGUCGACGAGCGGGCGUUCUUGUGCGCGUGGUAG